CUCCAACGACAGAGCUACUGGCCAGUGCUACGCCGGCAGUUCGUUCCCGGCGUGCUGCGCGUCUGCGGUAGGCCAUGGCUCGGGAAGUGCAGUCGCCGGUGGUGCUCGCCCUGUUGCUGCUGGUGUUGGCUCGGUCCCGCUUGGAAGCAGCAGAUGGCGGGGGGUGGCGGCAGACUGGGCCAGGGGCAGCCGUGGUCUUGGCGGAGGAGCUUUGCAACGUGGAGCGCCGAUCCGACCUCACUUACACCGAGUUUGUGCAGCACUAUGCCUUCCUCAGGCCUGUCAUCCUUCAGGGACUCACGGACAACUCGAAGUUCCGGGCCCUGUGCUCAAGAGAGAGGCUGUUGGCCACUUUUGGGGACCACGUGGUUCGGCUGAGCACUGCCAACACCUAUUCUUACCAGAAAGUGGACCUGCCCUUCCAGCAAUACGUGGAACAGCUGCUACAUCCCCAAGACCCUGCUUCUCUGGGCAAUGACACUCUGUACUUCUUUGGGGACAACAACUUCACGGAGUGGUCAUCACUAUUUCAGCACUACUCCCCACCUCCAUUUCAUUUGCUGGGAACCACUCCUGCUUACAGCUUUGGAAUCGCAGGAGCUGGCUCUGGGGUCCCCUUCCACUGGCAUGGGCCCGGGUUCUCUGAAGUGAUCUACGGCCGUAAGCACUGGUUCCUCUACCCACCUGAGAAGACACCAGAGUUCCAUCCAAACAAGACAACACUGACCUGGCUUCGGGACAUUUACCCAGUCCUGGCACCAUCUGAAAAGCCCCUGGAGUGUACCAUUCAGGCUGGUGAGGUGCUGUAUUUCCCUGACCACUGGUGGCAUGCCACACUCAAUCUUGACACCAGUGUCUUCAUCUCCACCUUCCUUGGUUAGCCAGAAUAGGCAGCUGGCAGGUACACACACACCAGGAUGUCCCCAUAUACUGGUCACAAAUUUUAUUACAGGAACAGUGAGUGGCAGGAGUGGCAACUUCAACCCAACCCACGUCCAUCUGUUUUUCCAGCCCAGAAAGAUGAUGAAGAGGCUCACAGCCCAGCAAAGGCAGUCCAGAGCCCACCAGCAGAACUGACAGGGGCAGGCACAUCAACACAAAUUAUAUACAAGAACCUGGGCCUCAGGACCCUCCUGAGCCAGGGUAUCAGGCAAGGCGGAACAAUGGGCCUCAG